AUGGCCCGCAUUCUCGUUACAGGCUCUGCAGACGGCCUUGGCAAACUCGCGGCCCAGAGCCUCGUCAAGCAAGGACAUCAGGUGGUGGUCCAUGCCCGCAAUGAGCAACGCGCAAAGGAAGCAAUGGAAGCAGUCCCGGAAGCGGAGACAUGUCUAGUCGCCGAUCUCUCGAGUGUGGCAGAGGUGAAGAAGAUGGCCGCCGAAGCAAACAAGCUCGGUCGGUUCGACAGUGUCAUCCAUAAUGCUGGCAUGGGAUAUUCCUCGUCAGCUCCGACGUGGACGCCAGAAGGGUAUGCCGCCACGUUCGCGGUGAACAGCCUCGCGCCCUAUAUUCUGACGUGUCUGAUGGAGAAGCCGGACCGCCUGAUCUAUAUCAGCAGCGGGCUGCAUCGCAGCGGCAAGGACAACAUGGCGCUCGACAAGCUAACGUGGAAGAAUCAACGGUGGAACGGAUUCCAAGCGUACAACGACACGAAGCUGCAGAAUGUCAUACUGGCGAACGCGGUGGCAAGAAGGUGGGCCAGGCCGUAUUCGAACAGCGUCGACCCGUUGUGGCAGCCGACGAAAAUGGGUGGAAGUGGUGCUCCUGGGGAUCUGAGGGAAGGUAUUGAGACUCAGGUGUGGUUGGCGACUAGUGAUGAGAAUGCGGUGAAAGUCAGUGGCAGGCAUUUCAGGCUGAAGAAGGAGACGAGGCCAAAUUCUGCGGCGUUGAGUGAGAAGACGCAGGAUGCGUACUUGAAGGCUUGUGAGGAACUGUCUGGCGUGAAGUUUCCGGAGUAG